AAUAUGGCUUCCAAUGACAAGGAGGUGGCUAUUGAGUUUCUUCCGCUCCUCCGAGUCUACAAGGAAGGUUCAGUUGAGCGAUUAAUAGUCUCACCAAUUGUGCCACCCUCAUUUGAGGACCCAGAAACGGGUGUGUCUUCAAAAGACAUCACUAUUUCUGAAAACCCCACCAUUUCAGCUAGGCUUUACCUCCCAAAACUUACUCAACCCAAUCGAAAAUUGCCCAUCUUGGUCUACAUCCAUGGUGGAGCUUUUGUUAUAGGAUCCGCCUUCUCCUCUGACCACCAACAGUACCUCAAUAGUUUGGUCUCUCAAGGUCAUGUUGCUGCUGUAUCAGUUGCGUAUAGGCUACCUCCUGAGCACUCUCUUCCCGUUGCUUUUGAAGAUUCCUGGGCUGCAAUUCAAUGGGUUGUAUCACUCUCUCUGGAUAACUAUGUUGAUAAAGAGCCAUGGCUGGCAAAUCAUGGUGACUUUAAAAGAGUUUUUGUUGGUGGUGACAGUGCAGGAGCUAAUAUUGCCUAUAAUAUGACCACGCGAGCUGGGAUUGAGGGCUUGCACGGUGGUGUUAAGAUUUUAGGCACUUUUCUUACCCACCCUUUCUUCUGGGGUUCAAAGCCAAUAGGUUCAGAGCGUAGGGUAGAAAAUAAGAAGUCUUUCCUCUGUAAGCUUUGUGAGUAUAUAUAUCCAGAAGCACCUGAUGGCAUUGAUAACCCAAAGAUGAAUCCGUUGGGUCCAAGAGCACCAAGCUUGGCUAAACUUGGGUGUGAUCGGUUGCUUGUGACUGUUGCAGAAAAAGAUCAGCUGAUAGAUAGGGGUGUUUGGUUCUAUAAUGCAGUGAAGGAAAGCGGGUGGGAAGGAGAAGUGGAAUUGGUUGAAGUGGAGGAAGAGGAUCAUGCCUUCCAUUUUAUGCAUUUUGGGAGUGAGAACGCUAAGAAUUUGAUCAAAUGCUUGGCUUCUUUUCUUCUCAAGUAA